AUGGCUUUCUGCGCUCCCUCCAGCUGCAGUACUGCAAGCGAAAGUGCACCAGGAUGGGCAGCAGCAGCAGAGGCAGCGGUGGUGGCAGCAGGCAGAGCCACGUGCGACCUGCCCGUUCUCUUCUCGUCCCUUCCUUCCACCACGCAGCUCGCCUCCACCAACCAUGUGUCGCAGCUCGCCUCCACCAACCAUGUGUCGCAGCUCGCCUCCACCAACCAUGUGUCGCAGCUCGCCUCCACCAACCAUGUGUCGCAGCUCGCCUCCACCAACCAUGUGUCGCAGCUCGCCUCCACCAACCAUGUGUCGCAGCUCGCCUCCACCAACCAUGUGUCGCAGCUCGCCUCCACCAACCAUGUGUCGCAGCUCGCCUCCACCAACCAUGUGUCGCAGCUCGCCUCCACCAACCAUGUGUCGCAGCUCGCCUCCACCAACCAUGUGUCGCAGCUCGCCUCCACCAACCAUGUGUCGCAGCUCGCCUCCACCAACCAUGUGUCGCAGCUCGCCUCCACCAACCAUGUGUCGCAGCUCGCCUCCACCAACCAUGUGUCGCAGCUCGCCUCCACCAACCAUGUGUCGCAGCUCGCCUCCACCAACCAUGUGUCGCAGCUCGCCUCCACCAACCAUGUGUCGCAGCUCGCCUCCACCAACCAUGUGUCGCAGCUCGCCUCCACCAACCAUGUGUCGCAGCUCGCCUCCCCCAUUGCUCCAUCUCUCGACUCGCUCUUGUCUGCUCCUUUCUUCCAAUCUAUCUAUCCCCCACCUGCGCGCCGCUGGCCUCUCGUCGGCUCCACUCUUGUCCCUGCUGCAACCCACGUCAGCACCCACCCUACCAACACUUCGGCUGCUGCUGUUGCUGCUGCGUCAGCGAGACUUGGCUCCUGA